AGAUGGGCUUUGGUGUGCGUACAUAUUGUGGGCAGUAUACGUGGGCUUUGUCGAUCAUAUAUAAUGUUUCCAGACAUUAAGAGGGGGUUAUUUCUGGAAAAGAGCUAACAAAUAAGGGGUCACGUAAAAUUUAUUACGAAUCACUUGGCCGAGCAUCUUCCAGCAAUUUCUCGAUCGAGAGAGAGAGAGAGGGAGAGACCAAACCCCGGUGCGAUGUGGAGAAGGAGGAGAGCUCUCCUUCAACUGUCCUCAACCCUAAUCUCAUCAUCGUCAUCUUCAUCACGCUUGUCGUCGACGACGGCGGCGAUCCCUCGCAGAUUCGCCGCGCUCUGGGGCAACGGCGACUACGGCAGGCUAGGGCUCGGGAGCCUGGAGUCGAAGUGGACACCGACGCCUUGUUCUUUCUUCAGCGAUCGCGAUCCUCCUGUUUCCGUGGCCUGCGGUGGAGCCCACACCCUGUUCUUGACUGAGAGUGGGAGGGUUUAUGCCGUUGGAUUGAACGAUUUUGGGCAGCUCGGGAUUGCUUCUGCGGAAAGCCACACACUUGAACCUGUUGAAGUUGCUGGGCUUCCCAAUAAAGUGACGCAAGUCUCGGCUGGUUACCAUCAUUCUUCUGCCGUCAGUGAUGAUGGGGAGCUCUUCGUUUGGGGAAAUAACUCCUGUGGGCAGCUUGGUCUUGGAAAAAGGGCAGAAAAUGUGGUUUCCACCCCUAGUAGGAUCGAGUGCUUAUCUGGUAUUAACAUUAAAAUGGUAGCUCUUGGGGCAGAGCACUCAGUUGCUGUAACAGACGAAGGCAAUGUUUUGAGUUGGGGAGCAGGCAGCUCUGGAAGACUUGGUCAUGGACAUCAAUCAAGCAUUUUAGGAUUCUCAUUGAGUUCAAGUGAAUAUACUCCAAGGCUAAUCAAGUAUUUUGAAGGGGUUAAGGUCAAGAGGGUUGGUGCAGGAAUGUUACAUUCAGCUUGCAUCACUGAACAAGGCACUCUUUAUGUAUUUGGGGAAAGAACAAGUGCUAAACUGGGCUUUGGAGGAUCAAAAAGUAUCUCAACACCAUCAGCUGUCCAAGACCUUCCAUGCUCGGAAGAAGUUGCUUGCGGUGGUUAUCACACUUGCGUUCUGACAAGUGAAGGAAGCUUAUGCACAUGGGGUUCAAAUGAGAACGGUUGUCUUGGUCUUGGUGGCACAGAUAUGGUCCGAUCUCCAGAAUGUGUUGAGAGUUCUUUAUUUAAAUCUCCUAUAUCUGAGGUAUCUUGUGGUUGGAAGCAUACAGCUGCAAUUUCUGGUGGUAAAGUCUAUACAUGGGGCUGGGGCGGUGCUAAUGGCACAUUUUCUGUAGAUGGCCAUUCUUCUGGAGGGCAGCUGGGACAUGGAAAUGAUGUUGACUAUUUUCAACCAAUGGUAGUUAACAUUAAUAGAAAUGUGAAAGCAGUACAUAUAUCAUGCGGGUUCAAUCAUACUGCUGGCAUAUUUGAGUAUACAGAAGCUUGAAGAAUUACUGCAUAUAGUAAAUACUGAUGUAUAUUUGUUUACCCGUUCUUUAUUUUCUCAAAUUUUCAUGUAAUCGAUUGUGUCAUUAUUGUAUAUCCCAUCAGAGCUAUACAAAAAAACGUAAAAAAGAAGAAGGACCGGCCUCUUGUAGCAGUGAACAUUACGAGCUAUGUAAUUUAUGUACUAGAAUGAUAAUAAGGAAUAAACGAUGUUUGAUGUUAUGUAACUAGUCACAAUAAUAGAAAUAAAUCUCAGGUGCGUUAUGAAUUCGGUUA